AUGUCUAAGGAUCACAAUAGGAUUUUACUGCCGGCAGGCAUCGAGAUCCAUUCAAUAUUCUAUGUCCCAGGACAGGAAGACGCUCAACCUCCGAAGCUCCCAUCUAUUCCUGACGUCAGGUCCCGAGCGGUGCCGCCCCCAACCCCGCGUCCCGCGCGCCUUCGAGAACUUCUAGCCAGCGGGAACGCGCCCGGGAGUCCUGGCGACGCUAGGGCGGGGGUUGGGGGCGGCGGCCUCGGGAGGGACCCGGCGGGAGCGGGGGCGGUCCACUCGAGCCGGGCGCUGCGAGCUCACCCGCGGGCGGGAGGGCGCCACGCACGUCUCCGCGGCCGUCCCCGCGGGCGGGGACCGAGCCCGCCGCCGAGCCUCGGAGCAGCAGCGCGCCGAGCCCCGACUCUAUGGCCCGCGGGGAGCGCGCCGCCGCUGCGCCGCCCACCCGCAGCCGGAAUCCGAGCUCCAGCACCAGGCAGAGCUCAGCGGCGCGCGCCGCGGGCCGGGGCCCAGGGGCCGGGCCGCCCCGGGCGCGGGGCAUGGGAGCCCGGUAGCCGGGUGGCGCGAGAACCCCCCCGGCGGGCAGGACCCGCCGAGCGAAGACCGCCAAGCCCGGGGAGAGCCGGAGACAGCGAACCGCCCGCCCCCGGCCGCAGCCCCGCCAGGGCCCUCCCCCGGCGGCGCGCACCCGCGCGCGCACACACUUGCACACCUUUCCUCCGCUCCUGCCCAGCCUCGCCUGGCCCCCGCCGGAGCACCCCCGGGGGGCCGAUGCCAUGGGUAACAACUUCUCCAGUGUCUCCUCUCUGCAGCGAGGAAACCCGAGCCGCGCGUCGCGGGGCCACCCCCAGAACCUCAAAGGCACUGGCGUUCUGCUGAGCCACCACUGGACCCUUGGAUCCUCAGCCUUUGAUAGUAGCUGGUAUUCGAAGUCUCAGGCACUGAGAAGGUACUGGAAGGAAUGGCUCCUCUUCUCAAAGGGCAGAAAUGGCUGCAUGGACUUCGGGUGACAAAAUGCUGUUCCAGCUGGGACAGGACCUUCCGAGUUGGAGAUGUGCUUCGGCAGCAAGCAGUGGUGGGAACAAGUCCUGGACAUGGGCAUUCUGGCAAACUGCUUGGACAACAGUCCUUUUCUCAAGGUGGCUGAGUCGUCAGAAAAGGAUUUACUAGCUAUUCUGGAUAGCUAGGUCAAGUUAUCCUGGCCCCCAACAUGGUCCCUUAUUUAAAGGAAAAAUAAACAUUAAAGUAC